AUGGGUUCCUUCUCUCAUCAAGCCUUCUCUCGAUCCUCUCCCAUUGUUACCAUACCACCGCAUCUACCACCUCAGCCUUCUUUCAAUCGACCAACAUUCACUUCGCCUUUCGUAAAGGCGCCUAUGCCAUCACCAGCUUCAAGCUCUUGGCUCACUCCAACCUCGGCGCCUCCAGCUGCAGGUCGCAAACGCUCACGCGACGAAGCUGCAUUUGCCGACGAUGAAUACUUUCCACAUGAACCUGUUGAGCCAGUAAUUGUCGAGAAUGAAGAGGAAUGGGAAUAUGGACCAGGGAUGACACUUAUCAAACCAAGCAAAGGCUAUAUCUUAUCUGCAGAUAGUCAAACUGGUACAUGGUUGGAAGAGAAAGAAGCUGAAGAAAAGGUACAAGCUGCCUUGCGCGCCGCUAGUCCAGAAAGACCAAUCGUUCGUUCGGCCAAGAGUCAAAGAAUUGAUCUAGGCUGCACCCCAUCAAUGGUCGAAGAGAUGAGCUUCGCAAAUGGUGCGCUCUCAGCAACUGUUCAAACUGGAGGUACUGGUCCCGUCCAGCCUUCCAUCGAUGAGUACACGCGACACUUGGGCAUCGGCUGGUCCAAACUAAGCGCCGACGAAGAUAUUCAAGCUGCAGUUCGUGGCUGGACAAAAUAUAUCGAGAAUCACUAUCCUGUCAACAAUGCGAUCAUCAGACUGCAAAGUAGAGGACUAGCUAGUUAUCUCGUCGAAGCCCAAGAAGGCUAUUUCUUAUUUGGAGAGGAUCUCAGACAAGGAAGACUUGUAAGCAUCAGUUUGGAAAAGACUUUCGAAAACCUUCGAGGGCCAACUCCAAUCUUUGAGGGUGAUAUGGUCUUGGAAGCCAGCGAAACACCAAAGGCUAGCAGCCCAAUUAUGAAUGCCACGACAAAUGGACAAGAAAUGAUGAUGAAUGGAAUCCCUACAACCGAACUCCUUACUCAUGCUGUGGAGGUUGAGAUGGACAUGAGCUAA